AUGCUGAAACCUCAGUCGAAACUGUGGCUGUUUCUAUCCCAGAUCCCGGCCUACCUCCCAACAGACGGGCAGCACCCUAAGCAAGCACCCAGCAAAAUCAGCAAAAUGGACAUCCUCAAACCCCUCACCUCGCGCCUAACCGCGCACCCCAAACUCCUCGUCUCCGCCAUCGCCAUCGCGACCCCAAUCGCCUACCUAAGCUACCUCCACCACAGCCUCUCCACCACCACCUCCCACCACCGCAGCUCUGGCCCCCGAACCAGGGAAGCCGUAGCGGACAUCUCGUCCGUCCCUGCGUCUGUGCUGGAGGGUGGGUACAAGAUGGUGCGGGAUCAUGCGUGGAAGCGCGUCCGUAAGGAGAAGAUUCCCGCCGGGUUGGGGGGGAGGAGAUGCUGA